AUGUGGGAGCUAUACAGACACAAUUCUGCACCACGGGUAGUUAAACUCACUUCACUACAUGUUAGAUACCCUGCAAAUGUCACAGGGUUGCAGGUGAAUGGACAAGAAGUUAACCAGACUCGUGUUAUUGACGAAAAACAAGAGGUUAUUGUCUCGUGCUUCUUCACCAAUGGCAAUCCUCUCGUCAGUGUUCGCCUGAUGGACGACACAGGGCGAGCACAGAGUUCAACGACUCAUGGACAAGGACCCCUCACCCUGUCUCUCGGACAGUUUCGCUGUCAGGAUGUGUGGCCAACCAUCAAGUGUGAAGCUCCAGAAUCGGAACGUAACCGAUCUGUGGUAAUUUUUGGCCCACCUCAGUUUUUGCACACUGACACUCAAGUCUUAGCGUUAAGAAGAGUUCUACAGGAAGGUCUCACACUUAGACUGAGAUCCUAUACCAGCGACAUCAAGAAAUGUCACAUGACCAGGUUGUCUCCUCAGCCAGCGUACAUCGAAGUAACAUGUGGGUUGGCCGGAAGUGCCCCCGAGUUUAACCUGACCCUGCGUUUUACUGCAGAUUCAUAUAUUGGAGAAGGAAUUUGGAUGUUACAUGCCAUAACAGAAGCAGGCAGCUCAAAUAUUACCUUUAUGAUAAUCAAUAACACUUCUGAGUUUGGUAACCAAGGACCUGCAAUGACGUCCGGAAACAAGAAAUUAAAUACAAGUGAGUAAAAAUGCAUUGAUAAUUCUACAUUUCUGCACACAUUACUUUGUACUUAGUGCCUGAUCGCGUAUUACUGUCGACUAAAUUACAUGAAACUUUUUUCUACUAGCUUAUAAAGAUUUCUACACAAGCAUAGCAAAAGCUAAAGAAAAAAGUAAAUUGCAUAGUGAAAAAGUUCUUAUCUUUUCCGAUUCUCUCCUCAGCCGUGACGAAAUAGCCAAAUA